AUGAAAAUUUUUACCCCAGUAUUCCCAACAUAUCCAAUUCGACGAAAUCCCAUACCAUAUCCCAAGUAUCCCAUUCCAGUUCUUGUGUUAGCUUGCAACAGGAUUGGUGUCAAGAGGUCUCUAGAUGCCAUCAUCAAGUACCGACCAUCGAGCACCCUCUUCCCUCUGAUUGUUUCUCAAGAUUGUGAUGAUGAACCGACCAAGAAGAUCAUUCUAUCAUACGAAGGAGUUGUCUACUUGAAGCAACCCAAUCAGACUGAAUACAACCUGCCAGCCAAAAAGAAAAAACUUCAGGGUUAUUUCAGACUGUCUAGACAUUAUAAGUGGGCUUUGAAUCAAGUUUUCAUAAAGUUCAAUUACAAUUCCUGUAUUAUUGUUGAAGACGACUUGGAAAUUUCUCCUGAUUUUUUUGAGUACCUGAUAGCGACGAAACCACUUCUAGAGAAGGACCCAACGCUGUACUGCGUGUCUGCCUGGAAUGAUAAUGGCGUCAAAGCUGCUACGAAUGUUAAACGAUAUGAUCUGAUCUUAAGAACUGACUUUUUUCCUGGCCUUGGCUGGUUGAUGCUGAAGCCAUUGUGGCUGGAGUUGGAACCUAAGUGGCCUGAGGCGUUCUGGGAUGACUGGCUUCGGUCUCCAGAGAUUAGGAUGGGUAGGUCCUGCUUGAGACCUGAGGUUUCCAGGGUUUUUAACUUUGGAGAGCAGGGAGUCAGUAGGGGUCUACACUACAAAACGCAUCUAGUCCACAUUGUGAAAAAUGAGAAGUUUGUUAAUUUCAGACGCUACGACCUUAAAUCUCUCAUGUUUGACAGUUUCUCCGAGAGUUUGUUGAGGACCGCUUAUUCAUCUGCAUUGACGACGUCAGACAAAUUGGAGGGAGACAUCAGCAAGAAGCCUAACAUCAAGUCAUUCAGAAUCAAGUACACGAAUAAGGAUAACUUUAAAACACUGGCCAAGAAGCUUAGCAUCAUGGCUGACACAUUAGUUUGUAUACAUCUGUCUGUCCGUUUUUUUUAUCUGCCUGCCUGUUUUUUUAUCAGUCUGUCUGUCGAGUUUUCUGUAUGUCUGUCCUAUUUCGCAUUAUUUGUAUUUUUGUUUGUCUUUCUGUUUGUCUGA